CUCUUUUAGACCUUAGCCUUUCUUCUUCUGUCUUUAACAUAAAAAUUUGUUCUUUCAUUUUCUUCUCUUUGAUUACUACAAGUAAUAUUUUUCUUUUUAAAUCUUUAUUUCCUCUCUCUUCAACAUGGCUUGAAAAGAGCCCACACCCUUGAAAUAUAUAAAUAUAUAUGAUCUAUCUUUAUCUCUCUCCCUCUCUCUCUCUCUCUCUCUUGAAACUGAGCUCUCUUUUUCUUUCUGUAUAUCUCUGUUUGUGAAAAAAAAAAAAGGCAAUAGAAACCCCCGUGGUUUCAUCAAAAAGCCCCUCAAGAUCUACUUUGUUAAAACCCAAACUUUAGAUAGAGAUUGCAGAGAAAAGGAUAGCAGAUAAGGUCCAGAAACAAUCUUCUCAUAAACUUUACCACUAGGUGCCUAAGAGGAGGAAUUUCUUUGGAUUAAUUGUUGUUUUCUCUUGGACUGCAGCUUAGAGUUUCUGUCAUUUUAUGCUGGUUCAAGCUAUUGGUAGAAACCCUGCAUGAAUUUGAACGGUCAACUACUCGUAAUUGGUAGAUGACUGGGAAAUUGCAUAGGUCCACAACUGUAAUGUGUUAGUAGAUUGGAUUGGAAGCAAUAGAUUGACAUCUCAUGAUUGCAUCUGGGUCUGGAAUUUUGCUGUGUUAGCAGUCACCAUAGCACUGAUUGUGUUACAAGAGGCUAUUAGGAUUUAUCUGGGAAAGUGCAUUUUUAAUGCCCGCUAGUACUGCAGUGCCAGGGCUACUGUUAGAUGUACAUUCCUUUGCUAGCAAGCUUAGGAGAAAAUGGGGUGGACUGUUUGUUUUAUCUUGGAAAAUCUUGUUUAGUCAAAGAAGUUGCUGAUGUCCUGCUGAAUGUCUUCUGAUGGGUAGUAUCAUGCCUCAGGUGAUUCAGUCCUGUGAGCAACCAUGUAAUUGUGUAGCUUGUUGAGCAUCAGAGGUUCUUUUGCUAUUCUGAAAAGUUAUUUAAAUUCUGUAUUGCACUGGAACUUGCAUAUUGUCUAAAUUUCGACUUAUCAACAUGGAAGCUGAGAUGGGGAAUGCUAAUCACAAACCAGCUGUUCUUCAUCGGCUGCUCCCUGCUGCUUUACCUGUUCUUCUAAUAUCAAUCGGAUAUGUUGACCCUGGAAAGUGGGUUGCAACUGUUGAAGGAGGUGCACGUUUUGGUUUUGAUCUGGCAGCCCCCAUGCUUCUUUUUAAUUUUGCCGCCAUUUUGUGUCAAUACCUGUCAGCUCGAAUUGGUGUUGUCACUGGAAAAGAUCUUGCUCAGAUUUGCAAUGAUGAGUAUGAUAAGGCCACUUGUAUAUUCUUAGGAGUUCAAGCAGAGCUUUCUGUUCUUUUGUUGGACCUUACCAUGGUUUUGGGGGUUGCUCAUGGGAUUAAUCUUCUCUUCGGGGUGGAUCUAUCCACUGGUGUUUUUUUAGCUGCUCUUGAUGCUGUUUUAUUCCCAGUUUUUGCCACCCUCCUGGACCACUGCAGGGCAAGUUUCCUAUGCAUGUAUGCAGUGGGCUUCAUAUUGCUUUCUUAUAUUUCUGGAGUGCUUAUCAGUCAACCAGAAAUUUCUCUUUCCAUGACUGGGAUGCUGACAAAGUUGAGCGGGGAAAGUGCAUUUGCCCUGAUGAGUCUCCUUGGAGCAAGCAUUAUGCCUCACAAUUUUUAUCUACAUUCUUCUUUUGUCCAGCAGCAUCAGGGGCCACCAAAUAUUUCUAAGAGUGCCUUAUGUCAUGACCAGUUAUUUGCCAUCUUAUGCAUCUUCAGUGGUAUUUAUCUAGUAAAUUACGUGCUGAUGAAUUCAGCUGCAAAUGUAUUCUACAGUGCAGGCCUUGUCUUGGUUACUUUUCAGGAUGCAAUGUCACUAAUGGAACAGGUGUUUAGGAAUGGUGUACUGCCCUUAGUCUUUUUGCUGAUUAUGUUCUUAUCUAAUCAAAUCACUGCAUCAACCUGGAAUCUUGGUGGGCAUGUUGUCUUGCAUGAUUUCCUUGGUCUUGACAUACCAGGUUGGCUUCAUUGUGCAACAAUCAGAAUUAUAGCAAUGGUCCCAGCCCUUUAUUGUGUGUGGACUUCCGGAGCUGAAGGGAUAUAUCAGUUGCUUGUCUUCACUCAGGUUGUGGUAGCUCUUCUGCUUCCAUCUUCAGUGAUCCCCCUGUUCCGGAUUGCCUCAUCGAGACCAAUUAUGGGUGUCUAUAAGAUUUCUCCAAUUGUGGAGUUCCUAGCGCUGUUAACGUUCAUGGGGAUGCUGGGCUUGAAGAUAAUUUUUGUAGUAGAAAUGAUAUUUGGGAAUAGUGAUUGGGUUGGUAAUUUGAGAUUGAAUGCUGGGAUUAGCAUGUCUGUUCCUUUCAUUGUUCUUCUUGUUACUGCUUGUGCAUCAUUUUCUUUGAUGCUUUGGCUAGCGGCUACUCCUUUAAAAUCUGCUAGUGUCAGAAUUGAUGCACAUGUAUGGAAAUGGGAUUUGAAUAGAACUGUUCCUGAGGCAGCUAUAGGGACGGAGGAAAGUGAUUUAAGUGAAACUAGAUAUCAUGGAGAGGAACCUGUUAAUAGGCAGGAAAGUUCAUCAACGCCAGGGAAGUCUAUUCAGAGUCAUUCGGAUUUAUCUUUUACAAACUAUGAUCUGGAUUUGCCUGACACAAUUAUGGAGUCUGACCAGGAAAUACCUUUGACUACUGUUAAUGAGAACUCUUCGAAUAGUCUAUAUCCUAGCCCCUCGGUUUGCUACCCGGAGGAGUCAGCAUCCAUAAUUGAGUCAGCUGCAACUCUAGUUAAUGAGGUAGCAGAUGAUGAUUUGUCAGGCACUAAGACAGUGACAAUUGAAUCAAUGAACCCUGUGGAGAAAACAGUGAGUUUAGAGGGAGAUCUGCAGAUUGAAAAAGAUGAUGAAGAUGGAGAUACUUGGGAGCCUGAAGAGCCUUCCAAACCUCCUUCCGGAAGUAUUUCCUCUUUGACACCAGAUGGUCCUCCUUCAUUGAGGAGCCUCAGUGGGAAAAGUGAUGAUGGAGGGAAUGGUAUUGGGAGUCUCUCUAGAUUAGGUCGUGCUGCAAGGCGUCAAUUAGCUGCCAUUCUUGAUGAAUUUUGGGGGCGAUUGUAUGAUUUUCACGGGCAACCUACUCAAGAAGCAAAGAUAAGGAAACUAGAUGUAUUAUUAGGUGUUGAAACAAAGCCACUGAAAGUGGAUACUGCUGGGAAGGAAUAUGGUGGGUAUUUCCCUUCGGUGGGAGGAAGAGGAUCUGAUCUGCUCAUUAGUUCAAGUAUGUAUGACUCCCCAAAGCAACUAAAGGUGCAAAAUAGUAUUGAUUUGCCGUAUGGGUAUUCGAGAGGAUCUUCAUCCUUGUGGUCAAAUAACAGGCAGUUAGUGGAUUCUUAUGUUCAGACUUCAAGCCGUAAUGUUGAUUCUGGUGAGAGGAGGUAUUCUAGUUUGCGUGCUGCACCAUCUACUGAUGCAUGGGAUUGUCAGCCAGCUACAGUACAUGGAUAUCAGAUUGCAUCUUAUCUCAGUCGAAUUGCUAAGAAUAGAAGCUCUGAUUGCGUGAAUGGUCAAAUGGAGUUACCAGCAUCACAAUCUCCUGCCCUCGGCCCUACAAAUUAUAGAGAUCCGCUGGCUUUCACAUUAGGGCAAAAAUUGCAAAAUGGGAUAACUGCUGUUCAAGCCCGUGGUUUUCAGAAUGUUGCAGUUUCUAGAAAUAGUCCAUUACAAUCUGAAAGAUCAUAUUAUGACAUCAGCUCCCUUGGACCUAAUGAUAAUUCUGGGAUAUCAGUCAAUUCAAAGAAGUAUCACAGCUUACCAGACAUAUCAGGGCUUUCGGUUCCGCAUCGGGAUUUAUACAUGUCUGAGAAGAGUGCUCAGUGGGACAGUUCCAUUGGAUAUGGGUCAUCUGUUGGUAGGACAAAUUAUGACACACCUAUGUAUCCGAACACUGGGUCAAGGGCUGGAGUUCCAUUGGCCUUUGAUGAGGUUUCUCAAUCAAAGGGUUAUAAAGAUGCUUUUCCCUUACAGUUGAGUUCAAGUUCAGACACUGGAUCCCUUUGGUCUAGACAGCCUUUUGAGCAGUUUGGUGUGGCUGAGAAAAGACGAACUGCUGGCAUCGAAGCACUUGGAAGUGGGCUGAACUCAGGAACCUGGGAUACUACUUCUGGAGUGGAUUUAGAGUCCAAACUUCUUCAGUCUUUCCGACAUUGUAUAGUAAAGCUCUUCAAAUUGGAUGGGUCUGACUGGUUGUUUAGACAAAAUGAUGGAGCUGAUGAGGAUUUAAUUGAUCGUGUAGCAGCAAGGGAGAGGUUUCUUUAUGAUGCUGAAGCUAGAGAGAUAAACCAGGCUGUUCACUUGGGUGAACCUCCAUACAUGUCUUCUGAAAGGAGGUAUGGUUCUACAACGAGUGACGAGGCAAACUUAGUCAACGUUUCAAUUUCAUCAGUUCCUCAUUGUGGGGAGGGCUGUGUUUAUAAAGCGGAUUUGGUAAUAAGCUUUGGAGUGUGGUGCAUUCACCGGAUCCUUGAUCUGUCACUGAUGGAAAGCCGACCAGAGCUGUGGGGAAAAUACACUUACGUGCUUAAUCGUCUCCAGGGUGUCAUAGACCUGGCAUUUUCAAAGGCUCGAACCCCAAUGACCCCAUGCUUCUGCCUUCAAAUCCCCGGGGAAUAUCAGCAGAGGUCAAGUCCUCCUAUUUCAAAUGGAAUGUUGCCCCCAGCUUCAAAACCUGGCCGGGGUAAGUGUACAACUGCUGCUACGCUCUUGGAAAUAAUUAAGGAUGUGGAGAUUGCUAUAUCUAGCCGGAAGGGUCGAACAGGCACUGCUGCUGGUGAUGUAGCUUUUCCAAAGGGAAAAGAGAAUCUGGCAUCUGUCCUUAAACGCUACAAGCGGCGAUUGUCCAACAAACCAGUUGGCACCCAUGAGGGGUCUGGGUCACGAAAGGUUCCAACAUCGUCUCCAAUGUUGGCUUCUUACAGUUCAUAGCUUUCAUUCCAGUUUUCCCUCUUAUGGCUUCACUGUUGUUGAGCUGUUUGAUUUUGAAAGGCAGCUCAUACGCUAGCUCACUUCCCACAGGACUGUCAAAACCAACCGCCCUGCCGCCCUCCUUCGCCCUCCACUCUCUCUCAUGUGUAUUAAAAGUCCGCGCUGCAAAUUGAAUAUCCAUGUAUGUUAUAUAUUUACAUAGGAUAAAAGUUUACUGGAUGUGCAAUUGCAGCAGAAUUAAAGAAAAUGGGUUGACGAAAGGUGGAAAUUGAUCUUAAUAGCAAAUGUCAUUCUUAGUUUUUAAGUCAGUCUGUCAUCUCACUUGGCUUACUCUGUAACGGUACGGGGCUUGCGUUUGCAUUGUUAUAUAUUUGAACUGAACUUGUUGGAUUAUAGCUCUAACUUUGUCUCCCAAUCGGAAAAGUUUUGUGGCCGAAAUUCGGAACGCGGAUUUUAACAACUUACCUAGAAGACAAAAUUUAAUAAAUGAAAGAGGCCACGGAUCGAGACCUGUGGAUGGUCACUGACCUAAAAGGCUACUGCGGGGCCCACAGCUGCGAUUGUUUGCAUUUUCUAAUCAUUCAUUUGCUCCUGCUUAUGUUUAUCAUCAUUCAAUCACAGAUUCAUAGCAUUUCAUACCCAUGAUGCAUCAGCUUCCACCACUCUCUGUUUAAAAGGAGAAGACAGUGCAUCUUCAUCGAUUUCAAGAGGUACAUAGCCCCUUCCAUUGAAAUCAAUCUUAGUUUACUCUUCCCUUUGCAAGAUGGGUUAUGUUCUUGUCAUAACUUUUCCAUUGAUCCUGCUCGUCUUGAUCCUAGCCCUUGCAUUUUAUCUUCUGGGUAGAGCACAGGGCCGAAGUGAAAGACCUCCCCAGUACUUGGGGCCACCUGCUCCUCCGGCUUCAGCCUCAGCUCCAGUCUCACCUCCGCCACCCCAAGGAAAAUCAUCCGAGGUCUAAAGUUGCAGAAAAGUUUGCUUGUUUAAUCAAAGUAACACUCUGGGUUUCGUCUGUCUUUGCUUAAUAUGUGAUCAUUUCCGCAUCAAUUUCCAGUUUCCACUGUAUAAUUUUGUAAAGCAUUUGGAAUGGCAAUUAAAUAAUUUAAUCGAUAAA